UCAGGCCGUAUGCUGCACUAAAAAGGCAGGAGUAAUUCCUGUGUUUGGUGAUUUUCCACUACCGGCGUAAACUUGUACUUUGGAAUCUACGUUGUUGCUGUGGAACUAUCUAGUGCAAAGUUCAUCGACGAGUGAUUUGUCUUUGUAACCCAUCGUGCGUGUGUACAGUCAACACGCAGAUACGAGAUCAUGAUCAUGUGACUUAUGCGUGUUGUGAGGCAGGAUCUUUUAUAAAAUGUGUGAAGUACUGAAUUGAUAAUAUUUCUAUGGAGGAACGAACAUUAGGCCUAUGUUGUGUCAACGUUACAUAGUAUAUUUCCACUAUAGUAUCUACAGAUUACGUUCCACAGGGUGACUGGACGCUUUUUAUUGAAUUACAAAUGAAGUAACCACCUGCAAUCUAAUCAUCAACGAUAAUGUCGGUAACUAUUGACGACUGUCGACGAGAGGAGGCAGAGGCAGUCAUAACUUCCCGAUUCAAGACCUAUCUGCAGGCGGAGGGACCGCUUAAGAAACGGGCCAAGAUCGAGUCGGUGGACAGCAGUCCGUACCCGUCAGGAUCCGAGACGUUAGGGUCGCUGUCGGAUGACUCGUCGGAUGAUACCAGUAAAAACUUCAAUUACAGUGAAAUAAUUCGUUGCCAAAUAUGCGGCGACAAGGCCUCUGGCAUGCACUAUGGUGUCUACUCCUGCGAAGGAUGUAAGGGAUUUUUCCGACGGACCCAGCGGAUGAAUCUGGAAUAUAAACCCUGUCCAUUCUGGGAAACCAAACCAUGUGACAUCACCAUCAAAUCACGCAAUAAGUGCCAAUAUUGCCGCUUCCAAAAAUGCCUUGGACUGGGCAUGUCCACAGGGGCCGUUCGCAUGGGCCGCGUGCCACGCGCGGAAAAGGAAAAACUCAUGCACGAGAUGGAGCACAUCCGGGACAGUGUGGCGCUGAACGAGACGGAGGAAGAGCGCCAGCAUCGGCUGUUUGUGGGCAGGAUUUACGAGAACUACGCCGACCACUUUGAGGGCGAGAAAUCGGAACGGGAGAUCGAAGGCUUCCGAAUGUAUGUCAAUCAGGAGAUGGAAGUAACUUUCCCCACCGGUAUCGUCUUCACCAUCCAUCCCAUGAGUACAUCCCCGGAGCUACUCGCCGGCAAGCCCCGCGAGCUCACCAACCCGUUCCACGUCAGUAGACACCUGUCCUGCGCCUCGGAAAUCGGCAUCCACAAGAUGGCUAGUUUCCUCAAGAAGGUGCCGGAGUUCAGGGCGCUGUCUGCCAAUGAUCAGCUCAUCCUCUUUAAGGAGUCGUGCUUUGAAGUCGCAAUCACUUGUAAUGCAGAGAGGUACCACCUGGGGAUCAUCCAUUUUCCUGAAAACAACACCUACGUGCAAGAGCAACGAAUGGAACAGAUCUGUAUGCGCAUGGAGAUCCAACAGCCAAAGAUCAAGUACAUCACGAGGUUAAAUGCGCUGAAACUGAGUGGACGGGAGAAGGCGCUGUUCACAUUGCUCAUUCUUAUGGCUCCAGAUCGGGAAGAGUUAACAGACACGGAGGCCGUCGAGAAAUUCCAAAUCAAGCUCGUCAACGCCCUCGCCAUCGAGCUAGCCCGUAACCACGCCCACAAGAAGAACUUCCUGGCGCGCGCCCUCAACCUACUGACCUUACUCCGUGACGUCAUGCCGGAGCAGAUCAGCAAACUCAACGCCAUCAUUAGCAUGUUCGACGGUCAGUUGCCCGUCCAGCCCAGCCCGCUCAUGAAAGAGGUGUAUCGCCUCACGUGAUGUAUGUCCAUAGCAACGCAUCAGCUGUUGUUGCCUGGCAACACGUUCUAUGGAGAUCCAUGUUACGGGGGUCGACAGAGGGCGUCCUGUACCCUCUUAAACUUACUUAUUACUGCAAGACAUGCCAGGUUUUGUUGAAUACAUCAAUUCCAUUUUGGAAUUAUGUUGACGUUCUGAUAGUCAUUACUGGGAUGCUUCCUUGUCUCAGCGCCCAUCACAUGUGCGAUCUGUAUAGCUCUAAACACAUCACUAAAGG